AUGCGCUUCAACGUCAUCGGCCUCUCGGCCCUUCUGGCAAUCACUGCCUCCGCACUCCCCGUCGCUUUCCCCGACGUCCAAACCGUCCAGAAUGUCGUCUGGGAGACUGUCUAUGAGACCGUCUACGAGACCGCCACUCCGACCAGUGAGGCCAUCUCUGAGCCCACCUCCGUCCUCGCCGUCGAGAACUUCGCCGUUCCUGCUGCGUCCACCACUGUCGCUGCGACAUCUUUCACCCCAGUCCCUACCACCACCAGCGUCCCCACUCUCAGCAUCCCCAGCUCAACCAGCGUCCCCGCCGUUGUGCCCACCCCGGUUUCCAGUGUUCCCGCCAGCACCAGCACUGUGAGCGCCAGCACUGUCAGCAGUGCCGCGAGCGCCACCGGCACCGGCCUCAACAUCGUCAACAACCUCUCUGAGACCGUCUACCUCUGGGUCGUCACCGAGACCCAGGGAGAAAUGCAAACCCUGGCCUCCGGCGAGUCCUUCAGCGGCCACACCUGGUUGACCAACUCCAACGGCGGUGGCAUCUCCAUCAAGAUGUCCACCAGCGAAGUCUGCGACAGCGUCCUGCAGUUCGAGUACACCCAGACCGGUGAUGUCCUCUACUGGGAUCUGUCUUCCAUCAACCUGCUCAAGACCUCUGCUUUCGUCUCUGCCGGAUUCGGUGUCACCAUCAGCGAUAGCUCCUGUACCUCUGCUACUUGCGCUGCUGGCGAUGCCAACUGCAUCGAGUCCUACCAGCAACCGGAUGAUGUCAACACUCUUGCUUGCACCAUCGAUGCUACCUACACCCUCACUCUGGGUUAG